AUGGCAUCCAAGCACACCCUCCCAAAGCUCCCCUACGCAUACGAUGCUCUCGAGCCAUACAUCUCGAAGCAAAUCAUGGAGCUUCACCACCAGAAGCACCAUCAGACCUACGUCACCAACCUGAAUGCUGCAGAGGAGAAGCUCGCCAAUGCUGUGCAGGCCGGCGAUGUCAAGACCUCUAUUGCCCUCCAAGCUGCCAUCAAAUUUAACGGUGGAGGCCACAUCAACCACUCUCUCUUCUGGGAAAACUUGGCUCCUGCCUCUGGUGCUGGUGGCAAGGCUCCCACAGGCCCCUUGGGCGACGCCAUUGAGGCAGAGUUUGGUGGCCUCGACAAGUUCAAGGCUGCUUUCAACGCUGCUCUUGCCUCCAUCCAAGGCUCUGGCUGGGGUUGGCUCGUGCAGGAUGCAUCGAGCAAGAAGCUCAAGGUCACCACGACCCCAAACCAGGACCCUAUCACUGGCGACACGGUGAUUAUUGGUGUGGAUGCCUGGGAGCACGCUUACUACCUGCAGUAUGAGAAUGCCAAGGUCAAGUACUUUGAGGCCAUUUGGAGUGUCAUCAACUGGGAGGCUGCCGGCAAGCGAUACCAGUCGUGA